UCUAAAAACAGUCGUGCCGAAGAUGGCGACGUGCGAGUGGCGGUGUCGGUGUAGUGUUUAAGAAGAGAAAGGGACCAUGUUGUCGCCGCGGCCAACGCAGUGUUUCCCGUGAUACGCAAUCGAGCUCGGUGCAAAUGUAGGAAUGUCAGAGGUUAAACGGGUACCCCUGCAAACCCUGGAGUUUCCGGAGUCCCUGGGCCACGCCGCGAAGAAGGAGAAAAAGGGUGAGAAGGGCAAACAGCUUGCGCCCUCCUUCCGUUUUACGCUCACUCUGCCAGAGUCGAACGAGAAGGCAUGCCCCGAGUUCAACUACGCGCAGCUUCUCAAAGCAGCCGAGAAAAAGCGCAGAAAAGAACAAAAAAGAGGAGAUGAGAAUGCGACGAAUGGGCUGGAUCCCUUCGACGAGGAUGACGAAGAUAAACUUAGGGAUAUGGCGAGGAAAUUCGAGGCUAAAUAUGGUACAGCUACUUUGGGGAAAAAAAGACAUAAAUAUGAUGAUUACGUGGAUUUGGGCGCGGGAUACGAUGAGAACGAUUCCUUUAUUGACAAUACUGAUGCUUACGAUGAGAUUGUGCCAGAAGAGAUGACCACAGCUCAUGGGGGUUUCUACAUAAAUUGUGGAGCCCUUGAAUUUAAAGCUGCUGAAAGGCAUUCCUUAGUUCACAAUAACAACAAUAAUAAAAGUAACAAUGAUGAAGAUGAAAGUAGCGAUAGCAGCGAAGAAGAAACGGAAGACGUGGAUAGUCCAAAGAGGGCAGAUAAAAGAAAUCUUAGUUCGUCGGAAGAUGAUGAAGUGGAAGACAUGUCAGAUCAACCGAGAAAAAAGCAGAAAGUCGAUGAAAAUGGAGAUAAAAAAUCCAACCACGAAAAUGUAAUUAAGAAGAAGAAAAAGAAGCCACAAAAUCAUCAGUCACAAGAUCAACGUUCAAAUUGUCAGCAGGAUGCGGAAAGGCGGAAAGAAAAAGGAGAAACGACAGAUGCUGAGGGUGGUACAGCGUCGGAAGAUCAAGAGGAAAAGAAGAAGCCCGAAAAAGAUUUGCAAAAGAAUAGAACUACGACUGAGAAAAAAUUUGAUAUUAAAAAAUUUGAAAAGAAAUCAUCCACCAAUAGUAAUGACUGUGAUGCAAAAAAAAUAGAUUUAAAGAAAUUCUCUGGUAAAGAUAGUAAUAUCGACGAUGCUAUAGAAAGUGUCGUUAAUGCGGCUAGAGUCGAAGACGAGUCGAGUCGAGAUACUACGGAUUCUGGAAAAUCUCGAGGCGCUCUUGGUACAGAAUCGGAAUGUGAUGAUAUUGAUAAGGAAGAAGCACCGUUACCGGAUGGUCUACCCGAAGAUAUCAAGGAAAUCGUUAACAAAUUGAAGGUACACGCAGAAAAUAGUAAAGAGGGUAAAAGCAAGUUUUUCAACCCGUCGGUCAAUGCUGCUUUAUUUAGUUUAGAGAAAAAAUUGAGGACAUUGAAUUCUGCGAGUGCAAGACCUCAGACGUACGGACAUCUCGCACGGUUUUUACCUUGUAGUAAAAUAACUCUUCUCAAUAGAGCUAAGAAACUCUAUUUACAAGACGCUGAAUAUAGAGUUAAAGAACCAAUGCAAAGGUUAAAAGCUAUCAUCGAUAAUAUAAUGCCAUCGGUUAUGGAUGCGUAUAUCAAAGAAAGUCAAAAGGUUGCGGAUGAAAAUCCUCAAUUAUACUGGGAGAUAUAUCGGUACUGUUGGGGAUUUGAAGGUUCGCCUGCUGCUGCUGAAAGUUCUGAUGAAGAUGAAGGUUCAUGUAAAAGUGCAGACAAAUCUAAAAUUCCGAAAAAACGGUUUCCUUGGACAGAUGAGACGAAGAAAUUAGUAUAUGAAAUAGCGAAUGCGAGAAGACAAUACUUUAAAAUUUUAAGACCUAGAAAAGAAAGCAUGGAGUCAUUUGUAGCAACAUUUAUGGAUACAAAAGUGUUACCAUUAUGGCCACCUGGUUACGUACGCCUACAAACUUUGUUGAAGUAUUCAAAUCCUGUCGAACCUACAAUUAAAAGGAAAACGAAGAAGUUGAAAGAUGUUGUCAGUGCAAAUAAUCUUUCUUCUUCUGCAAAUACAAUUUGCAAUUCUACUGGGAGGCUUGAUGCGACAAACAGUAAUAAUAAUCCUCCAAAUCAAGAAAUGGAGAAAACCCUUACAAGUGCCACUAAGAUUCUAAACGUUACUGAAAAUUCUAUAAACGUUACAAAUGUGGGGAUAUUAAAAUCAAAUGAUAAUAAUCCUGAAAAGAAGCAACAAAGUUCUAAGCAUAAAGAAAAGAACAAAGACAAUGGUAAUACGGUGCAGCAGUAUGAAGCUUCGUCAAAUAUCGUUUCAAAUUCUACAGUUGGAAAAAUAUCCGUUGUACCUACGGCACAAUUAAUGGCACAAAAACCAGUAAAAAGUCACAUGGAAAAGUUCAAUCUCAUGGAUUUAGCAAAUAGUUCUCUCUCCAUUACGCCUGUCAAUGACUAUCAUAAAAUACCUGGGAAGACGAACGAAGUUAAAAAGGAUGUUGUUUCUAUUACGGCCUAUCCAGAACCUUCCAAUAUAUUGUCUAAUACUAAUGAAGUUUCACAAAGUGGGCACGGAUCUGUACACAGGCAAGAGACUUCGUAUCCAACUACGCAACAUACAAAUUAUUCAUUAACGACAAGUCAAACUUCGCCACACUCGAAACCCGUAUCUUUAAAGCAUAGAAUAUUACAAGAUAAUACCGAGAUGAAAAAUGACAAAAGAUUAGAUGAUAAAGAUCUUGAACUGACGAGUAAAACAGAAAAGAGAGAUAAGAGACGUGAAAGAUGUAUGGAAAGUAAGCACAAAUCGCAGGACACGAAGAAACGAAGGAAAGAUCAGAAAAUGAUGAAUGAACAACAAAUAGGAUCUAUACAUUCGGAAAUAGUUUCAAUUUCACAACAAACUUCUCUUUCGAAGGAAGAACAGGAACAAAGGCAAAUCGAGGAGACAGUUGCCGCGACAAAUUUCUUAAGUCAAAUAAUCAACGAUGAUGCUUCUACGAGGGCGAUUACAGAUAAAAGAAAAGAUAGUGGACAUGUUAUAGAUGAAUCUAUAGGAAAUAUGGUACCAACGGAGCAGGAAAAGGACGUUCAAAUGGUAAUGAGGUCGUUAAAAGAAUUACAAGAAUUACAAGAAAUGAAUUGUUCGCCUAGCCAUUCGCCAGUUAACGCGUGUGGCAUUCAGAAACCCAACAAGUCAAGUGUACAGUAUGUCACUUACCAAGAGGAGUAUCAACGGUUGUACCUUAAAAAGGAAGAUAAAUUGCGACCGAAAGAAGAAGCACAGUGGUAAAGACAGACAUUAAUUAACGCUGGUAGAGCGAUAUUUUAGACAAUGAUUAUAAUGGAUAGGGUGAUAGUAAUCAGACCACAAAGAAGAAUGGACUCUUGAAAGGGCAUUUGUCGAGUAAAAUGAAAAUGAUCAAAUGUGAUUCUUCGAAACUUCUUCCAUUAUUACUAGCGUCGUUUAUCGUCGACGGUCAAAAAGUAGAAUGAGAAUUUUUACGGCUGAUAUCUCAUUGUAUUGCGUCAUAUACAAAUUUUUAAGCAUUUGAGGAAAGCCGGAAAAUUGUGUAAAUACAUUGAUUCGUUAAGAAUAACGUCAGACAUACCUGUACAGAAUAAGUAUAAAUUAUGAAUUUAUUAUAAUCUAUUAAGUAUGUGUAAAUAAGUUAGCGUCCAAUCGUCGCCGUGAAUGGGGUGGCUAAGAAAUACCAUUUUCCCUUUUAAUAAUAUUUUAUUUCGUCACUUCAAUGUAGUAUUAUAUGAUUCUCAAUUGAAUCCGUAAAAGUCGGUAUUGAAAACUGCGAUUUUAUAAUAUACGUCAUUUAAUUGUCGUUGUGAAAUGAAACGUGAGAUUUUUGUUUUUAUAACUGCCGUGUUGCGGGAGGGGGGUAGGAUAUCAGAAUUAAAAAACUAUUAAUGCUUUCUAUAAGAAUAUGAAUCGUCGUCUGGCCACCCUAAGUCACAAAAGCGAAAAGAAAAGUUUCGAAUGUUGUUCCUUUUUGCACACGAGCUGUCAUCAUUACCAUCGCAUCGCAAUGCAGUGUGCUGAAGAAAAGGAAUCGGUUAGAUUUAUAUAUUUUUUAUAUAUACUCUCUGCCUAAAUUCGUGUUGCCUUCUGAAUCAUUUAAAAUACAGAUUAUGAGAGUUCAAAUUCAUCAGAGUGAAUAACGUGAUGAACGUUAUUGGCUUGUGUGAAUAAAAGUCUAAUGCAAGAAUUUGGAAACGCUUCCCUGAUAGAUAAACGGUGCAGCUUCGUGUGCAGUUAGAUCGAAUGAUAGAUUUAAUAGUGAGCAAUGUAUGCGAGGAACCAAUGUGUGAAUUUAGUAUUUAGGACAGAGGCGGAGGAUAAGAAAGAGAGAGAAUGAGUAUGAAAGAGCGAACGAGUUAGAGUAUUUUUGGAACACGUAAAAAUGAUAAUUAGUAAAUGUAUCUUACGUGGAUACAUCCUCCCCUCCCCUCCCAUUUUAACAAUAUGAUACUUACAGUACGUUUAAGCGUCUUGUACAAUUCUGCAUUGAGAAUUUUUACUAAGACGACUUCAAAUAUAAGUUUUGAAUAUUUUUUACAACA